GCCAGCACAGAUCAGAGACACCGGUAAUAGACAGCGGUGUGGAUUAUGUAUAGAAGUAGCUUUACUUAAGAACAGUUCACCACAACUACCUCUCCUGGCUUUAACAUAUUUUCAGAGCUCAACGUUUGUUUUAUUUAGUAUAGGUCGAACUGUAGAUAACGUUGUUAUAGCCAGAGGACAAUCGUAUCACAGAAGAUGUCAGUGGUGGGAUUUGACUUGGGCUUUCAAAGCUGCUAUGUAGCUGUAGCCCGAGCCGGAGGGAUCGAGACUGUCGCUAAUGAGUACAGCGACAGAUGCACACCCUCAUUUGUGUCAUAUGGACCACGUAACCGAUCUAUAGGAGCAGCUGCAAAGAGCCAGGUGGUGAGCAACUGUCAGAACACAGUGCAAGGCUUCAAGCAAUUCCAUGGCAGGGCGUUUUCAGACCCCUAUGUCCAGGCAGCCAAGUCUAACCUGGUGUAUGAUCUGGCACAGUUGCCCUCUGGAUCCACCGGCAUAAAGGUGAUGUACAUGGAGGAGGAAAGAGUGUUUAGCAUCGAGCAGGUCACCGGCAUGCUGCUGACCAAACUGAAGGAGACUGCUGAAAGUGCAAUGAAGAAACCAGUUGUGGACUGUGUCAUCUCGGUACCAAGCUAUUUCACUGACCCAGAGAGAAGGUCUGUCAUGGAUGCAGCGCAGAUUGCUGGCCUCAACUGUCUUCGACUAAUGAAUGACUCCACUGCAGUGACUCUUGCAUACGGCAUCUACAAGCAGGACCUGCCAGCUCCAGAGGAGAAGCCCAGGAUAGUGCUGUUUGUGGAUGUGGGCCACUCGGGUUACCAGGUGUCCGUUUGUGCAUUCAACAAGGGAAAGCUGAAGAUCCUGGCCACAGCGUUUGAUCCAGAGCUUGGCGGGAAAAACUUUGACAACAUCUUGGUCAACCACUUUUGCGAGGAGUUUGGGAAAAAGUACAAGCUGGACGUAAAGACCAAGCCCCGGGCGCUGGUCCGACUCUACCAGGAGUGUGAGAAGCUCAAGAGGCUGAUGAGUGCCAACUCCUCCGACCUUCCUCUCAACAUCGAGUGCUUCAUGAACGACAUCGACGUUUCCGGGAAACUUAACAGAGGUCAAUUUGAGGAGAUGUGUGCAGGGCUGCUGGCCAAAGUAGAGGGUCCCCUGCGCAGCGUCAUGGAACAAACCAAGCUGAAAAAGGAAGAUAUCUAUGCAGUGGAGAUUGUAGGCGGUGCCUCCAGAAUGCCAGCCAUCAAGGAGCGAAUCGGCAAAUUCUUCGGGAAGGAGCUGAGCACCACCCUGAAUGCAGAUGAAGCCGUGGCCAGAGGCUGUGCUCUGCAGUGUGCAAUCUUGUCACCAGCAUUCAAAGUGAGAGAGUUCUCCAUUACUGAUGUGGUGCCUUACUCCAUCUCUCUAAAAUGGAAUUCGGCCGCAGAAGAGGGACUGAGUGAUUGUGAGGUUUUCCCAAAGAACCACGCAGCUCCCUUCUCCAAAGUUUUGACUUUCUUCCGGAAAGAGCCCUUUACUCUUGAAGGUUACUACAAUAACAAAAAGGAGCUGCCCUGCCCCAACAGCGCUAUAGGCCAGUUCCUGGUCAAGAAUGUGGUUCCUCAGGCGUCCGGGGAGAGUGCAAAGGUCAAGGUGAAGGUUCGGGUCAACAUUCACGGCAUGUUCAGUGUGUCGAGCGCCUCGCUGGUAGAGAUCAUUAAAGUACCUGAAGGGGAAGAGUCGACGGAGAAUGACCAGACAGUGAAUGAAGAGGAGAACAAAAUGCAGAUGGACCAUGAGGAUCAGAAACUCCCGGCUGGAGACAGCGAAGAUAAAAAAACAGAAGCUGAAGAGAUGGAGACAACAGAGGACGACAAGCAGGGGAAGAACCAGCCCCCUCAGGCGAAGAAGCCCAAAGUCAAAACGAAGACAGUGGAGCUGCCCAUAGAGAACAAGUUGCACUGGCAGCUGCCCAAUGACGUUCUGAAUCUGUGUGUGGAGAAUGAGGGUAAGAUGAUCAUGCAGGAUAAGCUGGAGAAGGAGAGGAAUGACGCUAAGAACUACGUAGAAGAGUAUGUGUAUGAAAUGAGGGAUAAACUGCACGGCAUCCUGGAGAAGUUUGUGAACGAAGCUGAUCGUGACACAUUUUCAUUAAAACUGGAGGAUACAGAGACCUGGCUGUAUGAAGACGGAGAGGACCAACAGAAACAAGUUUACAUCGACAAACUGGGUGACCUGAAGCAAAUGGGCCAGCCAAUUUGUGAGAGAUACAUGGAAGCUAACGAGAGACCAAAAGCAUUUGAGGAGCUUGGCAGACAGAUACAGGUGUACAUGAAGAUCGUUGAAGCUUACAAGGCAAAGGAUGAGCUGUACGACCAUCUGGAUGAGCUGGAGGUGACUCGGGUGGACAAGCAGGGGAAGGACGCCAUGGUCUGGAUGAGCAGCAAGAUGAACCAGCAGAAUAAUCAGGACCUCACUCUGGACCCAGUCGUCAAGAUCGGGGAGAUCCAUGCCAAGAUUAAGGAGCUUUAUUCAACCUGCAACCCCGUGCUGUCCAAACCCAAGCCCAAGGUGGAGCCUCCCAAAGAGGAGAAGACAGAGAACGGGCCGGUCAAUGGGCAGGAGGGAACAGAGGAGCCAUGCAACUCAGACAAAGCCAAACCUGCAGGCACGGAGCAGGGAACACCAGAGAAAAAGCAACCUGAAAUGGACAUUGAAUAACUUGUUUUACCUGAGUUUCACCUCCUCUCCUGCUACAUGCCCCUGAUUUUGUCCUUCAUCUGAGAUUGUUAUCGAUGACACAGAAAACACAGAGAGCCGCAUCCCUUAUCAAUACUAUUCAUCAGUCAGCCACCUCGGCAUGUCAUUUCUCUUUCUGUUUUUUGAUGAAUACAAAAAUAUUGCAUAAUAUUAAUAUUGAAAGGACUACUUUAUGACCUAAAAGUUGUGAGCGUAUGGUGGAAACUGCUAUCUCUGUGUUGCUUUGAUGGCCAUUAAGUUAACGAUUGUUUGUUCAGCAUCUCCUGAGCACUUUUAAGCUAAGAAUGUGAGAUUUAAAGAAUUGUAAUACAAGUGGCUAAGCAAAAGAAAACUAGUAAUACACGCAGGAUUCAUGAAAAUGUAUAAUAUUGCAGUAUGUCUAAAUAUGGUAUAGGAACAGUGGCACAUGUAAACAAAUAUGGAUUGUUCCAAGUUGUACAUGACAAAUAGGCAAAUGUGUUCUCUACAAAUAACUGUAGCUGCUGGAUUAUGAUUUAUUUAGUUAAAAAAUAAGAAAGGAGAUUGUGUUGAGUAUACUUGUAUUGUAUGUUGAAACUAGGUACUUAAAGUAACUGUCAUGCAGUAAUUCAUUGUUUGGCUUUUCUCAUUCAAAAGCAAUGGUCUGUUUGUUGUUCUCUGGUAGCCUUGUACUGUCUUUUUUUCUACUCAACAGUGUGAAUGCUGGUCUAACAAAUCACUUUCAGGGUGCUGCUGUUAUUGCCACAUCACCAAAAAAAGCAAAAAUAAAACUUGACAAAAAAG